AUGACCCUGCUGGCAGGUGAUGGCUCUGACUACGACUACAGUGCCCUGAGCUGCACCUCUGAUACCUCCUUCAACCACCCACUCCUUCAACCUCCACCCCUGCAGGAACGUGAAGCCCGCAAAGGAGCCUUCUACAAAAGGGCACAGCCGGCCCCUGAGCUUGCCUCCAGCCAAGACCCAGCAUUUCUGUCUAAUGCUCGCAAAUUCCAUGCCAUUAUUAAUGUUGGCGGCAUGCGCUACCAGCUGCCUUGGACCACUCUGGAGGACUUCCCAUUGUCCCGCCUGGGCCAGCUGCACCUGUGCAGCACCUUUGAUGAAAUCAUGGGCAUUUGCGAUGACUACGACGUCACGCACAAUGAGUUCUUUUUUGACCGCAACCCAUGCGCCUUCCGCACCAUCUUGACCUUCCUGCGGGCAGGCAAGCUGCGCUCCCUCAGGGAGAUGUGUGCCCUCUCAUUCAGGGAGGAGAUGCUUUACUGGGGUGUCCCAGAGGAAAGCCUGGAGUGGUGCUGCCGCCGGCGUCUGCUCCAACGUCUGGAGGAGUUUGAGGCCAUGGAACGUGCCGCCGAGGAGGAGGCUCUUCUGCAGGAUUUGUCUGAUUCGGACAGCGGGGGGCAUCCGGCAGAAUCCCACUUGAGUCGUUUCAUGACUAAGCUGAGGGAUAUGGUGGAAAGACCACAUUCUGGGCUCCCCGGAAAGAUCUUUGCUUGUCUUUCAGUGUUGUUUGUCACCAUCACAGCUGUCAACCUCUCCAUUAGCACCAUGCCUGCCUUGAGGCAGGAAGAGGAGGCGGGCACAUGUUCCCAGAUGUGCUAUAAUGUUUUCAUCGUGGAGACGGUGUGUGUGGCCUGGUUCUCCCUGGAGUUCUCCCUGCGUUUCAUCCAGGAUCGAUCCAAGCUGACUUUUCUGAGGCAACCCCUCAACCUUAUCGACGUGCUUGCCAUCCUGCCCUACUACAUCACGCUGUUGGUGGACACCACCUCCAAGGGCGAGAGGCGCCCGGGGUCGGGCGGUAGCUACCUGGACAAGGUGGGCUUGGUGCUGCGUGUGCUACGAGCUUUGCGAAUCUUAUAUGUAAUGCGGCUGGCUCGCCACUCACUGGGCCUGCAGACUCUGGGCUUGACUGCACGUCGUUGCACCCGUGAGUUUGGCCUGCUCUUGCUCUUUUUGUGCGUGGCCAUCGCUCUGUACUCUCCACUGCUCUAUCUGAUUGAGAACGAGAUGGCUACUACGCAGGAGUUCACCAGCAUCCCUGCCACCUAUUGGUGGGCGGUCAUCACCAUGACAACCGUGGGCUACGGUGACAUGGUGCCCCGUAGCAUCCCAGGUCAGGUGGUAGCCCUAAGCAGCAUCCUGAGCGGCAUCCUCCUCAUGGCUUUCCCUGUUACCUCCAUCUUCCACACCUUCUCUCGCUCCUACAUGGAACUCAAGCAGGAGCAGCAAAGGAUCUUGCAGAGGAGGACACACUUCAUGCUGAGGGGUCACAUGCCCGGCCUAGGGAGCAAUCUCUCCCUGGAAAGCGACAUGCUGUUCCCCAUUGGGCCGUCUGACAACCGUGACUUGGAUGACUAA